AUGCGACUACCGGUUCUGGCGUGGUGGGGUAGUAAGUCUCGGCUAGACGGGUCGUGGGGCUUCUUAGACCCGGGAUUGAGGCAGUUCUUUGAACUCGUGGGAUCAUGGACUUGUCUUUUGCUCCAGAUGAAGCAGGCAGCAACGACUUUUUUAAUCUUCAUCGAGAGUUCAAGAACCGGGCCGAGCGGGAGAUCAUCAUUCUUCACCGACGAGGCUCAACAUGAUUCUCCGUUUCAUUCGACAGAAUGUUAUUGGCCCUGUCGAAAGUAUGGAAAGCAAUAUACUCCAAGACGAUACGCUUUCCCGACGUGGAAUUGCUCCGUUGCCUCGGAGUUGACCGCAACAUCAAUCGGCGAAAUUGAAGCUCUCAUCUAA